AUGGAGAUCGAACUAGCCCAUGCAAGGAAGAUCGAAGACCUCUAUGUGUUCGUGAAGGAUAAGAACAACAUACACAAAGAGGUCAAGCUACUAGCGACGGUCAUCAAAUCCGGGAUAGCUGUGGCAGAUCGGGAACUGCAAGAAUGGAGAAGAAGAGCCGAAGCGGCCGAAAAGGCCCUGCUUGAGGCUAAGGAGAAUGCAAUGCUGGCUGUAGCGCAGGAGACGCCGAAGGGACCAACGAACCCACGUCCGGAAAAAAGAGAUAGGGAAACGCCAGGAGAUGAAGAGGACCCCAAAAAACACAAGGACGACGAAUAUGGGGACAAGGAGCAAGAAGAUGGAGAAGACAAUGAUUGGCGUAAAGUCGAAAACCAGAAGGAGAAGAGGAAAAAACUGAAGGAAGAGGAACAAAGAAAGAAGGAACAGAAGAACAAGGAGGAGAAGGAAAAGAAGAAUUAA